CAAUAAUACAUCUCAAACUUCGUGAGAAAUGUACAGGAACAUUGUUAUUUUAUUUUUUAUCAAAAUUGUCCAGUCACAAAUUCUUCAGUUCGGAAAUUGUUCGAAUGUCACCACUAUGGAUUAUUUCCAAAUUGAUAAAUUCCUGGGAAAAUGGUAUGUCAUAGAACAAUAUCCGGUUUGGUAUGAAGAAGAUGGUCACUGUGCAUUCAAAGUAUUUGAGCUAUGUGAACGUCGGGUCAGGAUUCAGAGCGGAUAUGUCAAGAACAAAAUACAAUACCUAGUUUUUGUCAAUAGCACCUAUUAUUCUGGAGAUGACGCCGUCUUUGAAAUUGAAAAGAAUAAUAUAGACCCAGUUGGCGUGCCGUUGUCUGUUAUAACAACAGAUUAUGCGAAUUACUCCCUGCUUUAUGGCUGCAGACUGAACGAGAAUUUGCAAUUGAAAUACAUGUCAGCUUGGAUUCUAUCUCGUAGUUUAACAUUAUCACCGGAUAUUCUUGAAACUGCAUACAGAGGACUGAACGCCAUACCGGAUGCCAGCUCAGGCUAUUUGCAAACUGUAGACCAUAAUGAAUCUAAAUGUACCUACCAAUGGACAGCUGAAAUACACGCAGUUAAUACAAGUACCAAUGAUUACUCAUUGCUCCAUUGAAUCGCUAUAAAAAUUCUUAAUAUAUAUAUACAACUCAGUCACAAACUAACGCCAGACACAUAAUAGCAUAAGGCAACAAAAUACCACUUUAGGUUCCAAUCUAGCUAAGAUUUGUAAUCUUAACGAAACGAUAUACGAGUAACAACUAAUGACCUGUGUACUUACUGAAGAAAUAACAAUCAAUAAGGAUACUGAGACUUUAGCAAAACAAUACGUUUACUGAGCGUUUUUCAAGGCAAUUUUUGCCGCGCACCACCGCUAUGUGCAACCAGCUGCCCUCUGAAGCUGGCAACGCCGCUCGUGACCCCUCUGUCAUUGAGUGCGUCCAUGGGCGGCGGUAUCACUUAAAAUCAGGUGAGACUCCUGCCCGUUAGCCCCCUGUUCUAUAAAAGCAACGUAAAGUAAGUAAAUUAAAUAUUGGUAGUGUAGUUUUAUUAUUACAUUACAUUUUAGUACGAGAAAUUUGAGCAGGGAACAGAGCGUAAGUGGCAACAAAACGGAAACAUGAAUUGACUUCGUUAACCCACCAAUUAUAUGGAAAAUUAUGCUUUAUCCAUUGCACGUUUAAAUGUCAAAAUACUUGACAAAGUUUAUAUUCAAUUAG